AUGUGGUUUUUAAUGUCAUCAUCGAUGCAAUCAUCAUCAUAUCAUUCGAAUCAACUUAAUACUACAACAACAUCAGCUACAACAUCAUUGUCAACUUUACGUUCAAGAUUUUCAUCAUCCGAUUAUUGGUCACCGUUAAAAAAUUGGCCAUUAAUAAUGCAGCGUACAUCGUUUAAAAUUAAUGAUGAUCAUAUUUUAAAUUUAGCAAUAAAAGCUCGAUUAGAAAAUCGUGAAUGUGGUUAUUUAUAUCGUCGUGGUGGUAGUCAUCAAGAUGGUAGUUCAUCAAGUGGUGGCAAAUGGCAAUUGAAAUGGUUUGUAUUAUAUCAAAAUUUAUUAUUUUAUUAUGAAAAUGUAAAUUCAACGAAGCCACAAGGACUCUAUUUGUUGGAAAGUUGUUAUUCGGCACGUGUUGCAGCUAAAAAUAAUAAAGAUGGUGAAAAACUGAAUUGUUUUUCUAUAUCUUAUACUCGUGAUGGUCGUAACUCAAUUGAGUUUGCUGCUGAAUCCGAUAUCGAUUGUCAAGCAUGGAUUGAUGCAAUUCAAACUUGCAGUUAUAAUCGACAUGUAAGUUUGAAAGAAGAAAUUGAAAAUAAAUAUUUACAUUUAUCGCAAGUAUAUGAAACAGAGGCAAAAUCAAAAUAUCAAUAUAUGCAACAAGUCGAAGAAUUAUCCGGCGAAGUUAGAGAAUUAAGAAAAGAAUUAUCUCGAUAUCGUCGUCAACAUCAUUUACUAAGACAUCGUAGUAUUGCUGAAGAAGAUAGUGAAGAAAUACGAAAAAUUAAAAAAGUUCAAAGUUUAUGCCGUGGUUGGUUAUAUCGACAACGUUGGAAACGUAUCGUAGAAGAAUAUAUUCGUUCACCACAUGCUGAAAUGAUGCGUAAACGAAAUAAUAUUGUGUUUAAUCUCGUUGAAGAUGAACAUGAAUAUGUACAUCAACUUGAAAUACUUGUGGCAAAUUUUGUUCGACCAUUUCGAAUGGCUGCAAGUUCAAAGAAACCACCUAUUACACAUGAAGAUGUCAAUUCAAUAUUUUUAAACAGGCCUUUCAAAAAAAAUGGAAAAUUGGCCGACCUUCUACGUGGGUAUGCUAAAAAAAGGACAGACUGUGUCGUAUAUGCAUAUAGUUGUGAUUUAUUCGAUAUUUUAUUACCAAUGCUUCAUAUUUAUUCCGAGUAUGUUCGUAAUCAUCAUUACAGUUUACAGGUGCUCGUUGAAAGUAAACAACGUAAUGCUGAAUUUAACAAAUUACUCGAACGAUGUGAAAUGAAAUCAGCCUGUGAAGGACAAACUUUGGAAACACUUCUGGUAUAUCCAAUGAAUCAGAUACCCCAUUAUAUAAUAAGUUUAGCCAAUUGUCUCUCACAUACACCAUUUCAACAUGUUGAGCGAGAGAAACUAGAGCAUGCAAAAGCAAAAUUGGAAGAAUUGUCAAAAAUAAUGCAUGAUGAAAUAAGUGAGACAGAACAUAUUCGAACGAAUUUGGCUAUUGAACGCAGUAUUGCAGAAGGAUGUGAAGUAUUAUUAGAUGUUAAUCAAGUUCUAUGUCGACAAGACAGCCUUGUAUUACUAACAACAGAAAAAAGUAAAAGUAUUGGACAACGUUUUUCGAGAGAAAUGCGUCGUGGUGAAACCGUAGUGCAAUGUUAUCUAUUUUCAAAUCAUUUAAUAUUAACAACACGAGCGUCAAGUGGCAAAUUGCAUCUUGCCAAAGGCUGUGGCUGUAUUUCUUUAGCUGAUGUAACACUUGUUGAAGAUAUAACAUCUGAUCCACAACAUUUUUUAGCAUCCGUUAACGAAGAAGAAAAUCAGGAAGAUUUGAAUAUCACAACGGAUAUAAAUAAAUUUGAAAAUGGUGAUGAUAUAAAUCGAAUGUUUCGAUUAAUUGUUGAGGCACGUGAUCAACCACCAUAUUCUACCACACUAUUGGCCAAUGAUGAAAAACAUAAACAAGAAUGGUGCACAGAUAUAGCACAAUGUUUACAAAAUUUACGUUAUACCGAAUUAGUUCAAUGUUCAUUUAGAAACGAAUCAUCAGUUGUAAUGCCAGAAUCUGUCAAAUCUGAUGUAAAAUUAUUCAAAGAUAAUCAAGAAAUUAAAUAUAGUAAAACGUUAGAUUCAUGCAAAAUUCCACAGAUUAGACAUGCUACUGUUGAGAAAUUGUUAGAACGUCUGACGGAUCUACGAUUUUUAUCGAUUGAUUUUCUAAAUACAUUUUUGUUAACAUAUCGAUUAUAUACUAAUGCCUAUACUAUUGUUGAAACAUUAAUCAAAGUUUACAAAUCAUCACCACAUACGUCUGUCGAUACCGGUGAUGUUGAUAAAACAGAUGGACAAAGACAAAAUCCUGUAACCAAAGAAGAGAACGAGUUGACGCGUUUAGUUGAAGAGUCAAAUACAAACACAAAUGCUGAACAAGAAAGAGAUCUUCGAAGACAUAGUCAUAUUGGAUCAUUUCGCCGAGGACUAAGUAUUGAACAGCACGAUACAACAAUCACAACAGCUAUUGUAGAACCAACAUCACCAACCGAUACCAAAAUAGUUACUACUACCACGGCACAACUAAGUGGUAACACGCAUUCAUAUCUGGCUCCAUUAGCCUCAUCAGAAACAUUAACUGAUGUCACGUCGAUUUCAUCGUUUGGUGGUGGUGAUGAUGCAGCGGCGAUUGAUCGAUUUAAAAAAUGUAUUCCUUCAUCAUCUACAAUCGAAGUAUUUGGGUUGGGAACAAGCACAAGUCACGAUGAGACAAACAAUCCUGAUUCAUUGGAACGUAUGUUUGAUUUACCAUUACCAAACAGAAGAGAAAGGGCAACACCAUUACAUACACGUGCAGCAAAUUCAUCCGAAUCAUCAUGCCGAAUUCGUUUUGGAACAGUUGAAUUUGCCGGCGACGUUUCAAUUAUCUCCAAAGACACAUUCAUCGAAGAGACAAAAAUUGAACAAGUAUCACAAUCAUCGGAUUAUAUUCGUUCUCGAUUAGAUUCCGCAAAUGGCGAUCGAACAUCGCCACAACCCAUGCAAUCAGCAACGCAAAAUGUUCAAUGGUUAUCUAAACGUCUUAGUGAAGCUUUAUCAUCACCACGACAAAGUUUACGUAAUGCAGCAGAAGGAUCAUUAAAAAAGGUAUUACCAGGUGUUGUUGUUACCUCAUCAAGAUCGUCAAGACGCCGGAUUUCGUCAGCAGCAGCAACACACGCAUUUGCCGUGGCUACGUCCGGUGAGUCACCAAAAGUGAUAAGGCACGAACGCUUAGGAAGUACAACUGGUCCAUCUUCAAGUCAAGCAGCACGAGAACAAAAAGGAAACGAAUGGAUAAUAGUCAAUACAGCCACAACCAUGAGAGUACUCAAUGUACUAAGACAUUGGCUCACCAAGCACCCGUUGGAUUUUCACACAAAUGUUAAAUUGAAAGAAAUGGUUCUAGAAUUACUCCAAGAUAUGUUAUUAAAUGGUCAUUUGAUAGCGGCUGAACACAAAGCUGCUGUUUCAAUUAUUAAACAGCUGGAAACCGAUGAUAUUGAUAAAAAAGCAGCAGAAUUAGAGAUGUUAUUAAAUCCACCGCAAUAUUUUCAUUUUUCUAAAGGCACAAUUGCUGAUAUUUGUCGUUAUUUGAGAAAUUUUAAUGGCGUUUUGCAAAUUGUUGCAGCAUUUGUAAAUAGUGCUGUAUUUCGAUUAAAGAAUACAUGGGAUCGUAUAUCAAAACAAAACAAACAAGUGAUUAAUAAGUUACAAAAUCUGGUUCAUUCAGAUGGAAAAUUUAAAAACUUACGGGACACAUUAUCUAGGAUUGAUCCCCCAGCCGUACCUUACUUAGGUCUUUAUUUAUCUGAUCUUUCAUUCAUAGAAGAAAGUACUCCGGAUAUAUCUGAAAAAUGUAUGAUCAACUUUUCUAAGAUGCGUAUGAAAACACAUAUUAUUAGUGAAGUUAGACGGUUUCAAUCCAUGCCAUUCAAAAUUAAGCAUAAUCCAAGAUCUUGUCAAACAGGCUCAAAAAUAAUAAUGACAACUUCAUUACAAACGGUUCAAAAUCCUUUGUCAUUUUCCAAACAAAAUGGUACAUCUGACAAAUCCGUUUCUGUAACAAAGAAACUAUCGAUGAACGACUCAUUUGAAUCGCCUUUUGGGAAGUCAAACAGAAGCGAUGAUGAGGAACAUUCAUCACACGAAACUGUUAGUUGGGCACAUACAUACCUCGCGUCAACCUCAAAUUCGAAAAUAGUCGACUGCGCUGAGACAAUUGUUAAAAUCGAUGAAAAUGAGGCUGAAUUCUUUACUGUAAUACCCACACACAAAAAAGAAACAGUAUAUACAUCAGAAAUAAAACCAAUGGACGAACCAUCUGACAAAGAAAAGAACAGCGUCCUGAAAUCAAAGGAUAAAUUUACUACUCAACCAUAUAUACCAUCAAAAGUGCAUGGAGAAGCAUCAUUCGAUAAGAAUCCAAAUUUGAGCACACAUUCGUAUGAAUCAUUUGAGGACAAAUUUGAUAUUUCAGAAAUACAGCCAACGGAUAGAAUGACCGUUUCGGCGAAGGAUUCUGAGUUAUCAAAGUCAACCGAUACUCAAGCGACGACAAAUGAAAACAGAAAAGGUUCCACAUUCUUGGAUUAUUUUGAUCCAAGCAAUUCAAUUAAGCAAUUAUUCAGUUUUGGACGUAAAAAGUCAGCGGACACAAAAGUGGCGGAUGAACCAAUUGAAAGCAAGCAACCAGUGAAUAAUAUUUCUGAUUUAGCAACAAAUAUUUCGAAAACUGUUGUUGAUGAUGCCGUUAAAGAUGUGAGCGACCAAAAUUUGCAGAGAAAAGCAUCAAAAAGUGAGAAAUCAGAUAAAACUCCGAACUUUAUCGAACGACUGCUUAGUACAAUAACUGGUUCAUCGACAAACGAUGAAGAAUCGACGGUGAUCGCUGAAGAAAAUGAAGAAUUCCACCAUGUUGAUGAUGCCAAAUCACCACCAGAUCUUCAAUCUCAAAUAUCAACAGAAUCCAGUGGUACUGCAGAUAAACAACAAAAACAAAGCACGAACAUUCUUGACAUUAUUAAAGAUUUUCCAACGUCAACAUUUUGGAGUGAAUUAACCGAAGAAUCAGCCGUUAUUACAGGUCAAUUAUCAGAAGAUACUUUGAUGAAAAAACGUCAGGAAAGAGAAAGGUUAAAACGCUCCUCGGUGGCUGGUGAUGUAUCGCCACACUCGAGGAGCGGUUCAGUCACAGAACCAUUUAUCGACACAGUAAUAAAGCAAAACGAUGCUAAACCAAUACACGCAACAUCUCUUUCUGAUGGAAAAGGUACAAUAAUUAAUAACAAUAGUUCAUUAAAAACAGUGUCUGGUGAUGAAACAAAAGAAAGAAAUUUUCAUUGA